UGGUGUUUGAUUUCGUUACAAGACGGCUUCGGCAAUCUCACGAGGGACGAGUUUGCGCUUUCGGAGAUAAAACCAGAAAGAGACGAUGACAGGAAGAGUGGGCAAGGAGGACGACUGUCGGGAGCCACCUUCCUUGGCACAAUGCAGUGAUGUUUCUAAUGACCUCCAGGUCAGGACUAUCCAAGUGAGGAAGGAAUCGUAGAGGAGAAGAGAGGACCAGACACGGUGGGGGAGGUAAGAGUUUUACACGGAAAGAUGGCCUCAGCCAAACAGGAGGACCCGGAGGAAACACUGGAACACGUUAAACAAGAGGACUGUGAGUGGGGUGCCCCAGGGGAUUUGUGGGUGAAGUCAGAGUAUCGUGAGGGAGACGUUUUGGUUUUCGAAGAGGAGGAGCCCAAGAAGGAGAUUGUUGAGGUUAAAGUUGAGGAGUCGGAAGAUUUCUCAGUUAGUUUUGGACUGAAAAGCCACGAAACGGGGAAACCUUUCAAGGAGGAUGUUUGUGAAAAGUCUCACUCCAGUGUGCAGCCCUGGUUCACCGGCACUGGACAACUGGCUGCUCGGCAGACAUCGAUGGGGCUGAAAUCUGAGUCUGAAGAGAAAAUCGGUGAAAGAAAUGAGAGGAAAGCAGAUGAGCAGGAGGCGUGUGGGAGUUUGGGAAUGAAUUUCCAAGAGAAUGGCAGCAUCUUCCCGCCUUCAUUCGCUCAGACUUCUCUUCAGUGCAGACUUCAACACGAGCAGGACGAUGAGAAGAUGAAGAAAUCAACAAGUGGAUCGGAGAAUAUGUCAGCUGCCACUGUCCAGCGCAGUUCUCCUAGUACUGUCAAGCCAAUCCAGACAGAAGCAGUCAGUGCUGGCCAACGUCAAGUUAACAGUACAGAUCAAGAGUAUCUCGGCACCAUCCAAGACCGCAGAACAACUUUCAAAAGCAAAACGGACUGUAAAGGUAAGUCGAUUCAUAUGAGACAGAAGACAUAUGCCUGUUCUGAAUGUGUCAGAGUGUUUUCGUGCAGCAGCCAUCUUCAGGCACACAAAACGAUUCACUCUGGAGAAAAGCCCCAUUGCUGUCCAGAAUGUGGCAAACGAUUCUCACAAGUAAGCAACCUCAAGAGUCAUGUGAGAGUCCACACUGGGGAGAAACCUUACCGCUGUUCAGAGUGUGGCAGGCAGUUCUCCCAUAGGUCUACGCUUCAGACGCAUUUAAAGACUCACACUGGAGAGAGACCUCAUUGCUGUGUAGAAUGUGGGAAAAGAUUCUUACAAAUCAGCCAGCUUCAAAGCCAUAUCAGGCUUCACACUGGAGAGAUACCUUAUUGUUGUUCCGAGUGUGGGAAGAGAUUCUUACAGGCAAGCCACCUUAAGUGCCACAUGAGAACACACACCGGGGAGAAGCGUUAUACUUGUCUUGAGUGUGGUAAGCGAUUUUCAGACAGUGGCACCCUUCGCAGCCAUGAAAGAAUUCAUACUGGCGAGAAACCUUAUUGCUGUUCCGAAUGUGGCAAACAAUUCUCUUACAGUAGCAGUCUUAAGAAGCACACAAGAAUCCACACUGGAGAAAAGCCAUAUGGUUGUUCAGAGUGCGGCAAGCAAUUUUCCCAUAGGGCCAACCUUCAACGACACGUACGACUUCAUACUGGAGAAAAGCCGUAUGGCUGUGCUGAAUGUGGGAAACGAUUCUCUGACUGUAGUGGUCUUCAUAGUCACAGAAGAAUCCACACCGGAGAAAAGCCAUACUGCUGUUCCGAAUGUGGCAAACAAUUCUCAUUCAAUAGUAAUCUACGGCUGCAUGUACGAAUUCAUUCUGAGGAGAAGCUGUAUGUCUGUUCUGAAUGCGGUAAAGGGUUUUCCCAUAAAGGAAGUCUUCAGAAACAUGCAAAAAUUCACACCAGGGAGAAAGGAUCCUCCUUUGCCAGUUGGCACGGCCAUGCAGUGGGGGGGCCUAAUGGACCCCAGGCCAGGAAACUGUCUGCUGGAUGUGAGAAGGGAAUCAUAGGCGAGAACGGCAGACACUCGGGAGCAGAGAAGCGUUUUACACGGAGCAUGGCCUCGGCCAAAGAGGACGACGUGGAGGAAAGGCUUGCACACCUUAAACAAGAGGACUGUGAGUGGGGCGCACUCUGGGAUUUCUGUAUGAAGCUGGAGGACAGCGAGGGGAGGAUUUCAGAUGUUAAAGAGGAGGAGUGUGCGGGGGAGAUUGUUGAGCUUAAAGUCGAGGACUCCGAAGAUUUCUCGGUCAGUCUUGCACUGCAUAAGCAUGAAACUGGGAAUAUUGUCAAGCCGGGUGUUUGUGAGGAAUCUCAUUCCCAUUUACAGCCCUGGUUCACCAAUCCGGGGCAACUGCCCACCCACGCGAAGACUGGAGAAGUGAAAUCUGAGACGUCUGAUUUUGAUGGGGGAAUCGCUGAGGGAAACGGGAGAGAAGGAGAAGAAGAGCAGACGUCAUCUGGGAGCGCUGGAAUAAAUUUACAAGAGAAUAGCAGCUUCAUGGCAUCCUCAUCGGAUCAGACCUCUCUUCAGGAUGAUGAGAAGCAGAAGAAAUCAACAAGAGGAUCAGAGAAUCCGAGCCCAGCCUUUUUCCAGUGCCGCGCUUUUCCUGCGACUGGACACACACAGGUAGGAACCGCCAACACUGAGGAGGUGCAGACCAAAGAUCAAGAGGCUCUGUAUGCCUGCCAGGAGUGUGGAAACAUUUUCCAAACUAAAUCGGACUGUGACGACCACAAGGCGAUUCAUAUGAGACAGAAGCCGUAUGCUUGUUCUGAAUGUGGCAGACUGUUUUCGCACAAAAACAGUCUCCACAGACAUAAAAGAACUCACACGGGAGAGAAGCCCCAUUGCUGUCCAGACUGUGGCAAGCGAUUCUCCAGUAGCAGUGCCCUUCAGCGGCACACACACAUUCACACUGGAGAGAAGCCAUACAGCUGUGCCGAUUGCGGCAAAAGAUUUUCCAUUAAAAGCAGUCUCCAGAAUCAUGCAAAAAUUCACACUGGAGACAAACCUUAUGGCUGCCCUAAGUGUGGAAAAGGAUUCUCCGUAUUAAGCAGGCUUCAUAACCACUUAAGAAUUCACAGCGGAGAGAAGCCUUAUUGUUGUAGUGAGUGUGGAAAACGAUUCUUGCAAGUUGGCCACCUUCAGAGACACAUCCGAAUUCACACUGGAGAGAAACCUCACUGUUGCUCAGAAUGUGGGAAAAGGUUCUUACAAAUAUGCAAUCUUCAAAGGCAUAUCAGCAUCCAUAGAGGAGAGAAACCUUACUGUUGUACAGAGUGUGGCAAACAAUUCUUACAAGUGAGCAACCUACGGAGCCACAUCAGAAUUCACACUGGAGAGAAACCUCAUUGCUGUUCAGAAUGUGGCAAACGAUUCUCCAAAGUAAGUGCUCUUCAGAACCACACACGAAUACACACUGGGGAAAAACCAUAUAGCUGUUCUGAAUGUGGCAAACAAUUCUCACAAAUAAGCACCCUUCAGAGGCACUCUCGUAUUCAUACUGGAGAGAAGCCAUUUUGCUGCUCGGAAUGUGGCAAACGAUUCUCUGAUAGUAGCAGCCUUCAGAAGCACACAAGAUUCCACACUGGUGAAAAACCCUAUUGCUGUUCUGAAUGUGGUAAGCGAUUCUCUAAGAGUUGCAGCCUGCGAAGACACAUGAGAAUCCAUACCGGAGAAAGGCCAUAUUGCUGUUCUGAAUGUGGCAAAAGAUUCUCAAACCAUAGCACUCUUCAGAACCACUCUCGGAUCCAUACUGGAGAGAAACCAUAUGGUUGUUCUGAGUGUGGUAGACGAUUCUCUGAUCGUAGCGCUCUUCAGAAGCACACCCGGAUUCACACUGGAGAGAAGCCGUACCGCUGUUCCGAAUGUGGCAAGCGAUUUUCGCAAACAAACACUCUUCAUAGACACUUGGAAAUUCACACUGGACAGAAAUUAGUCCGAGAGGAGCCAUUUGUGGAACAAAAUAUCUGAAAUGUUUGUCAGUGGUGCUUGGAUCAACAGGUCUCAUCAAGGGGAAACACCAAGGCCCAUCUGGACAUCCACCCGAUUACCAUGACUUUAUGUGAUUUACUAAAGGAAGCAUUAUUGGAAACAAUGCAGUUGCAACAUCGAGAUCUCAGUGCAGAUUUAUAGGGUUUAAAAUGGGGGAGGUGCAACAUCAUGUUAUGAGUGAUAUAGCUAGCACCCAAAACCAGUUUGUAGAAAUGAACCCUUGAAAGAAACCUUGUUGCUGUGGUGAAUAGGGGAAAGGAUUGUUACAAAUAUGUUGGCUUUAUCUGCACUUCAUGAUUCAUACCAGAGAGAACUGUCAUGACUAAAGAGUGAACUUCACCCCAUCUUGAUAGUAAAUACGCACCGAGGCAAUUUGAAGAAAUUAGCCUCCAAGUAAAAUCUUAUUUGCUGGUCGAAAUGUGCCAGAUAAAUUGCUGACAUUAGCAGCCACCACAAACAUACAAGAAGUCAGAGUGCAGGGAAGCCGUAAUGCUGGUCUUAACGUGGCAAGAGAUUCUCACAAAUAAGCCAUCUCCACUCAAGACCAUUGGUCAGCUGUUCUCUGAUAGUAAUAAGUUCAAAUUAACCAGCUAACAUCCCAGACA